AUGACAUUCCCUCAAGUAUUUCUACCGCCUCCAACGAUCCAAUCCUUCCCUCUAUCAAAUAAUAAUUCGAAGUUAGAACUGAAAUUCCAUACCUUGCAAUCUCCCCCUCUCGAACACUCGCAAGACUACUCGCAGACAUUGUCCCUGCGAGAUCGACUAGGUAAGAGGAAUUCAACAUGGAUAGAAUUCUCUCAAGAUGGCUUGGAGAGCUUGGAGAGAAGUACUAUUCUAGGUAAGAGGACUGAGAGACGCGAAGCGGACAUUCCAAAAGACAAUGAAAAUUGGAAUCUGAAAGAGGGGAUCUCAAGGGCUGUCACUGGGGCUGAAAACAUCUCGGAAGCUCACGAAGUGGUAGAUAAGAACUUGGAAAAAGUCAUUGUGAGAGAUUUUGAGCUUGAAGAAGGUAGACGACAAUCUAGACGGGUCACAAGGCAAUCAAUCUCACUACUCAACACUCUCCCUCAGAUAUAUCCUUCCGCACCUCCCGACCAAACGAAGGAUUUCCAAGAUGAAUCCGUUGAUUCCCUAUCAACUACGACAACCUCUUUUCCAAGUCAGAGUCAACUACUUACCAACCCUGGGAAUACAUCCGUAUCAAAUCUACCUAGAUGGUCAAUCCCUUUACAUAGACUGUCGACCCUUCAUUCGCUUUUGUCAUCCACGUCAAGGGGGAAACUGAUGUGCUCGGUGAUAGUAUGUGUGUUAGCUUGUGAACCUAUAGUACAAAGACAGCGAAAGAACACUUUCCAGUCUGGGUUUACGAGAAAGGUGAUAGCCCAGGAAGAAGGAGGAGGGAGUGUAUUGCAUAUUGGUAAAUGGACGGUGACUGCUCAGCCUUCGGCAGGAGAAGUGGAAUUGACGAGUAUAGUGAGAUUGUGGGAUGAUUGUGCCUUGGAGUAUGCAGAGAAAAUGAGGAGAGGGGACGUAGUCCUGCUGGAGAAUGUCGAAUACAAACCCUCAACAGCUAAAGAAUCUUCUCAUAUCUCCAUAUCACCUCAUCACUCACCUAAAAUCACUAUCUUGUAUCGUACUCUGCCAAGGUACGAAUCAGCCGCCCGAAACGACUAUAUAUAUCAGCCGCCAACCAGAUUGGGUAAACCUCCUACGACAGGAGGAAAGGGGACAAGAGGAAGGAUGUUACUUGAAGAUAAGAUGUUGAGACCCGAUUUGAGAUUGGGAAGAAGUGAAAUCGGAAUUAGGAGAGUUGAAGGGAUUGCGAAAUGGUUCGCUGAAUUUGUGGGAGGAGAAGGACCGGGAUGA